AUGGUUCCCCGACCCGGCGCCGAGCCCUCAACACGCUGCCCCGGGCCACCCCGGGCGGGUGCCUGCUACAAAACCUCAGGCACUUUGCGCAGGCUGACUCAGCCAUCUCCAGGCGGGCUUUGGUGGUGUCCAGAGCUGCGCGGUGGGCUUGGAGGCAGCUGGAGCCAGAGGGACGGUCGGGAGCGGGCCACGUCCUGGACGGCCUUCUUUCCUUUUAGCUGCGAGGUGGAACUGUGGGAUUCUGAUGAGCCCAUCACCAGCAAGGAGCUGGAGAGACGUGUGGCAGGGGCCUACGGCCUGCUCUGCCUCCUCUCUGACCGUGUGGACAAGAAGAUCCUGGAUGCUGCAGGAGCUAACCUCAAAGUUGUCAGCACACUGUCUGUGGGUGUCGACCACUUGGCUUUGGAUGAAAUCAAGAAGCGUGGGAUCCGAGUGGGCUACACCCCAGAGGUCCUGACGGAUGCCACCGCGGAGCUGGCUGUCUCCUUGCUGCUCACCACCUGUCGCAGGUUGCCAGAGGCCAUGGCAGAGGUGAAAAAUGGUGGCUGGACCUCAUGGAAGCCCCUGUGGAUGUGUGGCUACGGACUCACACAGAGCACUGUCGGCAUCGUGGGGCUGGGCCGCAUAGGCCAGGCCAUUGCUCGGCGUCUGAAACCGUUUGGUAUCCAGAAAUUUCUGUAUACAGGGCGCCAGCCCAAGCCUCAGGAAGCAGCCGAAUUCCAGGCAGAGUUUGUGUCUGCCCCUCAGCUGGCCGCAGAAUCUGACUUCAUCAUGGUGGCCUGCUCCUUAACGCCUGAGACCAAAGGGCUCUGCGACAGAGACUUCUUCCAGAAGAUGAAGAAAACAGCUGUGUUUGUCAACAUUAGCAGGGGAGAUGUUGUAAACCAGGAUGACCUGUACCAGGCGUUGGCCAGUGGUCAGAUUGCAGCUGCUGGGCUGGAUGUGACAACCCCAGAACCGCUGCCUACAGGGCACCCCCUGCUGACCCUGAAGAACUGUGUGAUUCUGCCCCACAUUGGCAGCGCCACUUACAAGACUCGCAACACCAUGUCCUUGUUGGCAGCUAACAACUUGCUGGCUGGCCUGAGAGGAGAGCCGAUGCCUAGUGAACUCAAGCUGUAGCCAGACAGCCCCGCGGGCUGAAGUCAGUGCCUGGUGUUCUGCCGACACGCCAGGCUGGAUCUGGCCCCACAGGUGGGAGCCGAGGGAAAGUCUGCUCCCAUGCUGCAAGUGAAGAUGGGUGCUGGUUGAUGUGCUUUGCUACUUCUGUGGCUGGACACAUGCAAGCCAAAAGCCUGUAAUUUGAUCAUUAAAUAAUUUUCUAAGACUGUCUCAGCCUGUAACUAGAGGAAGCUAACGAAAAGAGCAAGUUUCUAACUUGGGACAGCCAGUGACCUGCCCUUCCCAUCUGGUCCUUACCCUGAGCACUUGUAGUUCCUUCCCAAGGCCCUCACCAAGGGCAGGACAAGUGGAGCCUGUUAAUCAUGGAGCUUCAACCCAGGACCUAGACCAUCAGAAAAGUUUAAGAGCACAUAAAGCAAAGGGGAGUUAUCUAGAAGGACUUAGGUUAGGUCGACGCUCUUUUGGUUGAGAAUGACUAGAGGAAGGUGGGUUCCUCAAUUUCAGAAUUAGUUUUUGUACCUACACUUUGCUCCCUUUACCCGUCUCAUCCUCUAUUCCCUACCUAGGUGAACACUUUUUUGUGUGACAGGAUUUCACUGUGUGGUUCAGUUGGCCUUGGACUCACCAUGCAGCCCAGACUGGUCUCUUGUGAUCUUGUCUCAGCCUCCCCAAGUGCUGGGAUUAUAGGCAUGGGCCACCACACGUCCAGAUCUUUUAAGUCAUCUUACUCUUCCCCAAAGCCAGGACACCAGCAUUGCCAUUGCCAAAGCUCUGCUCUGCUAAAGAAAUCAGCUCCCACCCACCCCCUAGUGGGCCAAACUGGCAAAUAAAGCAGUCAACAGCAGCCCAGCACAGGGUUGAGUGGCCUCCAAGAGUAACUGGGCAGACUGAGAACAAAAUCGCAUUCAUGUCCACAGACCAGACGGGAAGCAUGUGGAGAAAGCAAAAGGAACAAAUAAUUGGAGGGGAAUAAGAAAUUACUGUUAUUCAUUGACUGCAUUACAGUCCUAGGAGCUUGGUUUAAAAAAGCACCAGAAGGGCCAGGGACUUAGCUCAGUGGCACAGCACCUGCCUUGCAAGCACAAGGUCCCGAGUUCAACCCCUGGUACAAAAAAAGAAAAAAAAAAGUACCAGAAGCAGGGCUAACAGAGAGAAUAUAGUACUACUUCCUGUUUUGUUUCAACUUCAACCUAAGCAAAGAAAAAGAACACAUAUUUAGAGGCAUGGAUAUGACAAAUGUUUUAUUUCAAAAUCUCAAAUUUUAAUCAGCCUAGCACCACUGAUACUGGUGCCCUGACAGAACUAUUUGUUGUUAUCCAGGAAAGACUAUGAUUUUGCCAGGCUUACAAUUAAGGCUAACCAAUCAAUAUUUAGGUCCCCUAUUCAA